AUGUCUCUCGAAGGUCCAUCCACCUUCGCAAACCUCAAACACAAUCCUUUGUACAUACAAUUACUAAAUCCACAGAACCACUACACAUCUGGAGAUCGAGUCGAAGGCGUCGUUCGCGUAGAUCCAACCGCCCGACCUCGGAACGUUAGCAUUGUCUUCAAAGGCUUCUCGGUCCUGUACGACAAAGAGGCUGUACCGUUAAAGGCAAAAUUCUUUGAAUUGUCCACAAGUCUCUUCGUCUCAACGGGUGCGGGAGAGAACUUUGAUAUACUAAGGCAAGGCACGGCCAGCGAUGGGAAGGUGGAGUUGCCUUUCGCCUUUACAUUUCCGCACAAUGUCACGCUGCCCCCACCCUCAGAGCGAGCUUGGUGGUACCCAAAGGAUGAUUACAACCACCCACGCUUCCAGCACUCUCCAGGAUUUCUUCUACCACCCAGCUGUUCCCCAGUGAGCCCAGCAGUCAGUGGCAUUCUAGCACCAACGGUCAUGUACAUUCUCGAAGCACGAGUAGACAACACCCUCAGAGUUCGACAAGAUCUUUUCUUCAUUCCACCAGCACCAGAAUACGACCUUGCACUCCUCGAACCAGACCUCAACUUUGGCCUCACGCUACCUAAACACUGUUGCCGUUACAAGAUCAUUCGCACCCGUAAACUCCUCCCAGGGUACAGCGAAAGCAGCAAACUUGGCAAACUCAGGGACAAGUUGGUAGAAAAAGAAUUGUUUUUUGGUAUAGAAAGCUACGCCGAGAUACCCUUUGUCCGUUUCAACCUGUUUGCCACAGCAGCCCGCAUUCUCGUCAUCGGUGACCUGGUCCCCGUCAUCGUGACUGUGCAACACCUAGAACGCUCCGAUUCACUGCCGGAACCACCGAUAAUACAUCUAAGACGUGUACGCGUGCAAUUACACUCUGCAUUCCAUGCCUUCCUCCCUCCUCCGCAUGCUGCCAAGAAGUUAUCCAAGGGCAUUGUCGAUGUCACAAGAGACGUCACCACGCUCCUCGACAAGAAGCUUGACAAGGCCGAUGGCAAAACACUCCACGACGGCUUAAAUCUCCUCGACAUCGAACCCAUUCGACUUUCAAGCGAUAAACUGCUCCCCAGCUUCACCAGCUACGGCAUGGCCAUGGAAUAUGAAAUCAAAGUCGAAAUCUGGGGCGAGUGUGCAGACCGAGACUUCUCUGGCUUUGCAUGUCUCCAAAACGUCCAGAUUGUCACGGGUUGGACGGUGCCCGACAGCGAUUUGGGCGGCUUACCCGUCACGCCAGGACCAGCGUACGAAGAGGUGGAUCCGUUGGCGGGCCAGGAGCCAGGUGUCUCUGCAACAUCGAGAAGAGCACCAAACGGGGCCGCGACACAGCAUACGGCGGAUUUUCUUCCCGCAUAUGGAAUGGCAGCUAACUCUGCAAUCCCACCGGUAAACCCACGAUCCCAGCCACCUUUGCCUCCGCCACCGUAUGCAGACGGCGCUCGAUGGGCAUGA